AUGUCACCCCAAGAGACGUGGUCGACCCACGCAAGGUGGUUGGUCCACGUGAUGCCUUCACCCCGCGUGAUGCCUUCUCCCCACACGAGGUCGGCCCACGCGAUGUCGCCCCACGCGAAGUGGUCAAACCACGCAAGGUGGUCGGCCCCCGCAAGAUGUCACCGACCCACACAAGGUGGUCGACCGGCGCAACAUGGACGACCCACGAAAGAUGGCUGGCCCACGAGAUGUGGUCGCCCCGCAAUGUGUUACCCCGUGCGAUGUCGCCCCACGCGAUGUUUUCACCCCGCGCAAUGUCAUCGCCCCACGCGAAGUGGUCGAACCACGCAAGGUGGUUGGCCCCCGUACGAUGCCCUCGCCCCACGCGAUGUCAUUGACCCUCUUAAACACGUUGACAUGAUCGACCCACACGGCGCACAGUCCGCGCGUGGAUGGCCGAAACGGUCGGCCUACAUGGCUCACGCCCGACCAACAAGGUCGCACGGUCAACACCCUCGAGGAUUGACCCAAUCGACCACACACGGUCGACACCCUCGACAACUAGCACAUGAGCAAAAAUCAAGAAACGAUACGUCGAUCAAAAGCUCCAAGGUUAGAUUGAAAGCUCCAAGGCUAGAUCGAGUAGCGUGUCUAUCGGAAGAGUCGCUACGUCGAUCCGAAUCACCAAGGCUAGAUCGUGUAGCCUAUCUAUCUGAAGAGUCUCUACCUCGAUCAGAAGCUCUAAGGCUAGAUCGAGUAAUGUAUCAAUCUGAAGAAUCGUUACCUCGAGCAGUAGCGUGUCUAUGCAUAGAACCAGUCUGGAUGAUCCUUUUAGGCAUGUUGUAUAUAUUCUUCAGGAGGUACUUAUCCAGGAGGAUAUCGUGUGCUCUUAGGCGUUCUGAAAAGUACUUGUUUGACGAUUAUAUGCGAUUGUCUUGGCGAAUCAAUCAUCAGCUCAAGGCGAGAUUGAUCCGAAGUACGGAGAAAAAUAGAUCUAAGCUCGAGGCUAGAUCGAUCCUACGCUCGAGGCUAAAACGAUAUCUUUCAUGGACGGGAGUAAAUUGGUCCGUAGGUAAAGGCUCGAUCGAUUUUAUAGCCAUUGAUCCCUACGAGGCUCGAGCGUCUAGCACGAAGAUAGAUCCUUACAAGGCACUACUCGAUGACCGACUGAGCUUCCGCCAGCUGCCUUCUGAGGAUCGACGCCUCAAGGGUCGACAACCUCAAGGGUCGACACCUCAGGGGUCGACAACCAAGGGUCAACACCUCAGGGGUCGACGACCUCAAGGGGUAGAUAACCUCGAGGGUCGACGCCUCAAGGGUCGACGAUCUCAAGGGGUAGAUAACCUCAAGGGUCUACACCCCAAGGGUCGACACCUUAGGGGUCGACGACCUCAAGGGGUCAACGACCUCAAGGGUAGAUAA